AUGAGAACAGCGAUACUGGAGGGGACUCCGUCAACAUGGUUCAACAAGUCAAUGACGGAGCCCCUUCGACCUCCAGUCCCCGCAACCCUCCCCGUCGGACAUCAAGAGGUAAUGGGGAGGAACAAAACUCUGUCCAACAGACAAGUGCGAACCACUCUCGAAAUCGCCAACCAGAUCGUGGAGUCGAUGCAUACUAUCGUCAGGCGAUACUACUUUGAGAGAAAAGAGGGCCUCAAGGUCAAGAGGAGGACGCAGCACGCCGCUUCUACCAUUCCAGUGUCCGCGGCGAGAGGAGGCCUUUGCAUCAAUAAGCAGCGCGAGUACGCUGCCAUUCGGGAUGCUGGCAUGUCCAAACCUUUCAAGCAUGCUGCAAUCGCCCUCAAGUACAACUUGGACCUCCAAGACGAUAUAUUCGGUGCCCCCCAAAUCGGCAGUGAUGGCCAAAUGGGCUCCCUUCUGGAUGCACUACUGCGAAACGAACGAGAUCCCUACCUCCCAAGUACGCCGAGUAUGGGCGCGUCGCCAACGUCCGCCUAA